AUGUGCCUUUUAUGCAACAAAGUUUUGGGCAAUGACGCUAUGAAACCAUCUAAACUGCAAGAUCAUCUGAGAAGAUGCCACCCUGAUAAAACAGAGAAAGAUUUGAAAUACUUUCAAACACUCAAAGAUAAAUUUCAGAAGAGACCUACACUGGACAGAAUGUUCGCUUCGACGUCACAAAGAAAUGAUGAUGGUUUGCGGGCGUCUUACAAUAUCUCGUUACUUAUAGCAAAAUCCGGAAAACCGCAUACUAUCGGAGAGAAGUUAAUUUUGCCAGCCGUUGAAGAGGUUUUAAAAACUGUUUUACACAAACCUGCAUCUGAUAUCAUUAAAAGAAUUCCCUUAAGCAACAAUACUGUUGAAAGACGUAUUGAUGAAAUGAGUUCUGAUAUUGAAAGCUUCUUAUGUAAUUAUUUGCAAACGACCCAUUUCUCUAUACAACUGGACGAGUCAACUUUACCUGAUAAUGCAGCAUUAUUAUUGGCAUAUGAAGAACUGCUCUUCGCAAGAACUUUGAUAACCGACACUAAAGGUGAAUCAAUAUUUCAUGUUUUGAAGGAUUACUUCUUUGAAAAAGCAAUUCCUUUAUCAAAUAUAAUAUCAGUAGCUACAGAUGGAGCACCUGCCAUGGUUGGACCUUAUCAAUUUCUGGAUACUAAAGGUAAAAUUUUAAAAGAAAAUUUAAUGAAGAGGAAAACAGACAUCGCCUAUUUAACAGAUUUGUUUACAAAAUUUAAUAUGGUUAAUUUGCAAUUACAAGGCGACAGUUUAAAUUUGAUUAAAACAAAGUCCAUCUUAUCAGCGUUUCUUGCCAGAGUUAAACUAAUUAAGCACAAUAUUGGACGGGGCGAAUUUUCUCAGUUCCCUAAUUUGUCACAGACAAGCUGCCAGGAAGACGUUUCAACUUACGUUCAACAUUUAAAUGCCCUCUAUUCAGAUUUUGAAUCUAGGUUUGAGGAUAUUUUGACUAUGGUAAUACCACCGUGGAUAAUUAAUCCAUAUGGUGACAUAGAAGAAACGAAUGUCAUAAUACAAGAGGAACUGACUGAACUAAGUACAAACGAAGAACUUAAGGUUCAGUUUAAAAACGGAUAUCAGCAAUUCUGGCUGCAAAACAACAUAGCCGUUACUUAUCCCGUAUUAUGGAACAUAGCGAUGAAAUUUUUAAUUUCCUUUCCAUCGUCAUACCUAGUGGAAAGGGGGUUCAGCGCUGUUACCAAUCUCCUAACGAAAAAAAGAAACAGACUGGACACUAUUAGCCGAGGAGAUUUAAGAUUAACCCUUACAAAAUUGACGCCAAAUAUUGAUAAUUUAUUAUUAAAGCAUCAGGUCGCAGCUUUGACUAUUGUAAGAUUGUUUGAACGUGUUGAUUAUUUGAAAUUUGGCUUCAUUCCAUCAUUGCCGGACAAACAAUCGCCUAUGUGCCUUUUAUGCAACAAAAUUUUGGGCAAUGACGCUAUGAAACCAUCUAAACUGCAAGAUCAUCUGAGAAGAUGCCACCCUGAUAAAACAGAGAAAGAUUUGAAAUACUUUCAAAUACUCAAAGAUAAAUUUUAG